GAUGAAGGGUGCAGCACUGCUAAGGAGUCCACGCCAAAACCAGAGUGUGUAGCGAAGGAAGAAGGACCACCCGAUGCGAAAAAGGCGAAAACGUCAAUUGAAAAAGUAACAGAAAUUGUGACGACACGUACAGUUGAAAAGAUAGUGUCGGGUGAAGAGGGAACUACCGGAAAGACACCUACGCCGAAAGUUGAGAGUGAAGGUUCGAAGACUGCUGUGCAACCUACGCCGAAGCUGGAUGACGCUUGCAAGACUGCUCAUCAGCGUUCACCGAAAGCGGAUGACGGAUGUCGGACUGCUUCCGAGCCUACGCCAUUGGCGGAUGAAGGGUGCAGAACUGCUCGUGAGCACACACCGAGAGUGGAUGACGGUUGUCGCACUGCUUCUGAGCCUACACCAGUGGUAAGAGAUCAUGCUUGA